UUGGUUAAGAGCUGACCGUGUUCCUGGCUGCAUCUACAUAACUGGAGCAGCUGGGUUACUAGGGUUAGUUUUCAGCACUGGUGGUCUUGAUGAGUCACAUCUGGAGGGAGGAUAAAGGCAGAGGGAUGUGGGGGAAGGAAAAGUGGAACCGUUGGCCAGAGUCAGUCUCAGUCAGUCAGUCCUCAGAGAUUUUUCACCAUGGACCAUGAACAUAAGUGACACUGACCACGAUCAUCUGCCUCUUUAUCCUGAUGCUGCUGGGAAAUAAACACGAAACAUGGCUCUCCUGAGGAAAAUCAACCGUGUCCUGCUGGUGCUGCUGGUCUUCAUGUUGUUUCUGCUUGUGCACAAUGCAUUGUUCAGAGCCUCCUCACAGCCCAAACUCUCAGAUCACCGGAAGACGAGUGGAAGUGCAGCUGGAGGCCCUGCAGUGAGCGAGCCAGAGGCAGGCGAUGUCAUCCCCGUCAUCAUCUGUGCCUCAGAGGAGCGUAUGGGUGGAACCAUGGCAACGAUCAACAGCAUCUACAGCAACACGGAUGCCAGUGUUUUCUUCUAUAUUGUCACUUUCCGCGAUGCUGUGAGACUGGUAAGGCAGUACAUUGAGGAGACCGAACUGAGAGGCAUCAGGUAUAAGAUACUGGAAUUUAACCCCAUGGUUCUUCGCGGAAAAGUGAAGCCAGAUUCUUCUCGCCCUGAUCUGCUGCAUCCACUCAACUUUGUGCGCUUUUACUUACCGUUGCUUGACAUCAACCAUGAGAAGGUGAUAUACCUAGACGAUGACGUCAUUGUGCAGGGAGACGUUCAAGAUCUGUUUAACAUCCAACUGAAGCCUGGACAUGCUGCUGCUUUCGCCACAGACUGCGACCUGCCCUCCACACAUGAGAUGGUGCGCAGCAUCGGCAUGCAGACCACAUACAUGGGCUUCCUGGACUACAGGAAACAGGAAGUUAAAGACCUGGGCAUUAACCCCAGAGACUGCUCCUUCAACCCUGGAGUGUUUGUGGCAGAUAUCAGCGAGUGGAAGAAACAAAAGAUCACCAAACAGCUGGAGAGAUGGAUGGAGGAGAAUUUCAGACAGAACAUAUACAGUAGUGCCAUGGCAGGAGGUGUGGCGACCCCACCCAUGCUGAUCGUUUUUCAUGGCAAAUACACAACACUGGAUCCACUAUGGCAUGUCAGACACCUUGGCUGGAGUCCAGAUGCCCGCUAUCCCGAGAGUAUCCUGCAGGAGGCACACCUGCUGCACUGGAAUGGCCCAUUCAAACCUUGGAACUAUCCUGCUGUUCACUUGGAUCUGUGGGAGCGGUGGUUCAUCCCAGACCCCUCCGGCAGCUUCUCUUUGGUACGACCUGAUGGAGACAGCUGACAUCUGUGGAACACACCAUUUCUAAGCCAAGGGGGUGGGGUUGGCAUGAAACAUGUGAUGUUGAGGACAAAUUGGAGGGAUGAUGGGAAACACACAGUAAAUGUCACUCCGAGGAAUGUUCUUGAAAAUGAAACAUUUGUUGAACAUUGUAUGAGAGUGCCGAGGUCAGACUACACAAUCUUUUUGGUCACUGUGUCAGAUUAGGUGAUUACACUGCUUUAAAUUCAUGCCAUGACUUGACCGACAAACGUCAGACUACACAGUGGUACUUGACGUGAACAAUCAUGAUGUGAUGACACCUCAAAGCGGAACUAUGCAGGAUUUUUAACCAGAUUUAACAGCUUUGGAACCAUUGUGAUGGUUAAAUGUCUUGUUGUGGGGAGAUUGGGGGCUGUCUCCACUACCCCACUGUCUGUUAGUGGAAAACCAGCCUUACAAGAUCAGGGAGCUCAGUAGAGUCAAAGGCGAAAAAGCGACCAGACUUGCAAAGUUCCACUUUAAAGAAGACAAACAAUGGCGUGUUUGUCUGAUGAUGGCAUCAUAAGAACAGGGACGUGCUUUCCGAUGCUGAAAACAAACUUUUCCUUGGUCUCACAGUUCCGUCUCUUAGCACCACCAACUUCAUCACUUCUCUGCUCCCUCAUCAUUUUGGUGUUUUUGCUUGUUACCUUUGCACAUGUAGAGCAGGCAGAUUUUGUUUCUUUAUAUAUGAUACAUAAUUCCAAUCCAUGGGAUUAAAUCAGUUUAAAUCUG